AUGUCCAGUUAUGGUAAGCUGGAGGUGGCUAUUGAGAUCACGGUUGGUGCUUACGAGUUCUAUGAUAUGGUGGUAAACAGACCACACCAUGUACCCAACAACAAACUUGAUGGUGUUGCAACUAAUCAAGCUGACUCGUCCUCAUCCGCAAAAGUCGGUUCUAUCUCCUCCUGGAAGUAUUUCCAAGAUGGGAAAGCUAAAGUAUGCCAGGCGAUGAUUGAAGCCCUGGACAGCAAGAAACAUUCAACGACUUGGAAAAUUGUUGAAGGAGAACUUCUUGAUCAUUACAAGAGCUUCAAGUUCAUCCUGCAAAUUAUUACCACUCCAAACCCGAAAGCAACGGUGCAUAUGAUUAAUUUGGAGUAUGAGAAGAUGCAUGACGAUGUUGCAGACCCAUAUUUUAUGCUCCAGACGGUAACUGAUAACAUCAAAGACAUUGACGCUCAUCUACUCACUCAGAGCCGGACCUGA